AUACUGAAGAUGCUUCCAACCUAAGUGUAGACAGUAAAGGUCACCAACAGUAUGUCACCAACACAUUGAACAACUCACACCGAAUGGAGCCUGCUCAGGGUGAGGCGAGUCAUGAUACAAGUGUCCUGGACCCCAGGGAUGUCCCUCCCUCAAAGUCCCAUGAUCCUGGAGGUGGGGGCCCAACAGCUGAUGAGAGUCGUGAUAAGGGAGAUAACCCCAUCCCCAGGCCACCAUCAGAUAGCUCAGCAGGUCCUGCUAUGUCUUUUACUGUUGACUUUGAUGAAGACAUUAGAACAAUGAAUUCUGCAGGAAAACUCAGUGACUUUGUGCCAUCUAAAAUGAGGAAAAGUUUCAGGGAGAGAAAAGAGAAAGCUAUAGCUAAAGCUAAAGAGGCUAAUUCACCUGAAAAGUUGGCAUCUAGUUCUGUUGCCAAAGAUAUCUCACCUGCAGCCAAGGGAGGUAAAUCUGUCUCUAAAGCAGGAACACCAGAGAAAGAAGAUCUACCAGAGAAAAUAGAAGCCGAAGAAAUCGCAACUAAAAGGCAAAAGAAGGCAGAAGCCGAGAUGACACCACCAAGACUACGGAAGAAAGUAGAAAACGAAGAGAUGACUCCUCGAAGACAGAAGAAAAUUGAUGAAAUAUGGGAGUCAGACUCAUCAUCAUCUACUAAAGGCAGAAGGUCAACAGAGAUGAAGAGGUCAAGCAGAUCAUCUCAAGAAAGUGACAAUGUUUCAGUUCCAACAAGGUUGACAAGGUCAAUGGAUACAGAUAAGGUCACCACAAGGUCGUCAAGGUCAAUGGACACAGAUAAAGUCACCACAAGGUCGUCAAGGUCAGUGGACACAGACAAAGUCACAACAAGGUCAUCAAGGUCAGUAGACACAGAUAAAGUCACAACAAGGUCGUCAAGGUCAAUGAACACAGAAAAAGUCUCCACAAGGUCCACUAGGUCGAUGGACGUGGAUAAGGUUACCACAAGGUCACCAAGGUCAAUGGACAUGGACAAGGUCAACACAAGAUCCACAAGGUCACAGGAUACAGAGAAGGUCACUGCAGUGUCAGCCAGAGGUACCAAAACAUAUGUCAAAAGGAAGGUAACAACAGACCCAAAAAAAUCCCAGAAAUCUGCCCAGCCUAAAGAAGAGGACCAGACAGCUGCUGCAGCAGUGCUCAAAAUGACGGAAAGUGCCUCAUAUCUCAUAGACAAAAUGUUUGAAAGCAGUCCCUCUAAACCAGGGACAAAAACAAAAUCUAAAACCAUGGCAGACAGAUUCACAGAACAUGCCAUGUAUCGUGAGGCUAAAGAAUAUGACAAUGGGAAAUUCAAACUUACCCUUGAUACUGACAACUCAGCCCCACUCCUCGACUUGCUGACUCCCACCAAGGAAGGGAGUGAGGAAGAGUUGAAGGAGGUGGAUGAGGCUGUGGAUAAUGUCAGUGAGGCUGGGACAUACACCAUCGAUUGUGAUGAUGAUGAUGAGGAGGAACAGCAGGCACGACAUAGUAUAGACGCAGUAUUCGGGGUAGCCAGCGAUGCUGACAUGAUGUCGCAAAGUCUUGUCAUCAAUGAUGAAGGCAAGAAACGUCUGGAUGAGCUCAGAAUUGAUGAGCCUCUGGAGGACAAGUUUGCUAAAGGGGAGAUAACUUUGGCAGACCUGGAGAAGGAGAUUGGGCGGCUAGAGAGGAGGAAGACAGAAGUGUCCGUAUCCAGUAGUGUAGAGGGAGAAGGAGGCAGCUCUGCCUUGCAGGAACUCAGAAUCAUUGAGGAUCAUGUAAGUCAAUCCUUGGAUACUUUCUGUAGAAUAUAGUAUUCAACCUCACAUC